CCCAUGACCAGUGCCGAUCUGACUGCACCGGCAAGUGGAGAGACUGCUGCUACAGCUUCCCUCCGGUUAGAGAACCACGUUAUUAUGCUGUAUACAGCUCUGUGUUACCUUGGAAGAUGAGCCAUUUCUCAAGAAUUCCCGUACUUCCCUUUUGUGAGCCUCUGAUCUGCAAAAGAAAGUUUAGGGUCUUACCACCUCCACUUUUACCCCCCCUGCAAAAAACCCCAACCAAAAAAGGACAUACUCAUUCAGCCAGAAUGUCUAGGAAACAGUCUCAUGAGACUGGCAAUUGGGAUCCUGAGUUACAUUUCUGGUAAAUAAGGAGCCACCCCCCUUGCUUUGUGUUGGCUUUCAUUAGCUUUUUUUAACAUGAUUAAUUGGAGGGGUGUUGCUGUACUAUGUUGCAAUCCUUUUGGCUAUAAAUUCCUUUACACUAGAAAAACACUUUUUAUAGCACUUAUCUGUAAGUAAAGCACUUUGCAAAUAGGGCAUGCUAAUUAUACUAAACAUACUUGUAAUUACACUGACUGAACACACAAAACUGAGGCACAGGCUAGGGAAGAUUUGAUAGGAGAAACUCAUCACUCUGCCCUUCCGCUGAUCCCAGCAGCACUUUGCCAUGGUUAUGCAUCCCAGGUCUCCUGCUUUCUUCUAAAAGUCAACCAUUACCUCCAGAGUCUGAGCAGAAACUGUCACACGCGCCACUUUCACUUAAGCCUGAAACAUUCAACACUGAAGGCGUAACUCCGAGAUUCUAGGAUUUUUUUUUUUUUAAUUAAACAAGUGUUAAUGAUAGGAGGAUCAGCUGAAUCUUAACUCUGACUCAUUUCUGGCUGUAGUUAGUGGGACAGAAGAGCCUGUAGAUUUGCCUGCCACAAAGUCUGUGGUGCAAGCGCAGGGGGAGAUUUCACACUAGAAAUUUAGCAGCAUUAUUUGAGUCUCCAGCAGAUGCCGAGGAAAGGGAAACUGUUUCUUGCGAGUCCAGGGCCACAAGCAUACUUUUUGGUUGCAUAAGAAAACAUAGGUUUUUUAAAUAUUCAUUAUUUAGCAGAGAAAAAAUCAAUGGCUUCACUGCUGAGCACAAGUUUGUUUGUUGACUGUGACAUUUUUGCUGUCAGUUUCUCUAGUAUUUGCAAAAGAAAAAAGUUCACUUCAGUUUCUGCUCACUUUGAUCUAUAAUCUUUGAAUAAAUGUUUUCUAUUUCCCAUAGCAGAGUUUCAUCACUAAAUCACCACCAGUAUUCCAAAACUGAAGGCAAAAUUCACCAAUUUUAAAGAUGGCAACGCUAGCUACAUGCUUGCAGCCAGUAAAUCAAUUGCUUGUGAGCUGAAGCAUAUCGUACAGCGCGAGGGGCAGUCGGAUUUAAAGCCUUACAUCCCAGUCCAUGGUCUAGAGAAUGCUCCGAGGCUGAAAAACGUCUUGAUGCAAGCGACGGCUUUUUCCCUAACUCAUCAAACACUUACAGAAUCAGGGCUUGUUUUUAUUUAAGAAGCAAACCAUUAAAAGUUCAGAUUUCGGUUUUGCUGAGCAGAAGUCAAGAAAGACUGUGAUCUCCGAGAAGGCUCCAUUACACCCACGCGCCGGCGAAGAGAGCAGAGAAACGGUGGCUCGGGCAAGGACCACUGCUGGCCCAUCCCUGCCCAAGAUGCUCAUCCUUUUCCUUCCUCUGUCCCCUCUUUUAACCUAACAGCCCUUUCCCCUCACCACCAGCGGUUUCUCAGUAGUUCAGUGUAUUUGGAAGCAUGGGUGUUUCUUAGGAAGCAGAGAGUGCUGUCCAGGUAGAAAAACUGGGGCUGCUGUGAUAGCUGCAAGCACUGAAGCCAGGAGGACUCAGAAACGGUCCCUUCUUUGCUAUUUACCAAGACGCAUCUGAGUUAUGCAAAUUUCAUGAUCAAACAAAUGUACGCUGCACACUGUUUCCUUACACGGAAGCGUGUCUGCAGGAAGCAGAUUUGGCUACAGCAGCCGCACUCACCGACGGGCGCUUCUGCCAGUUAAUUUGGGCAGGUCGUCUUCACAUGCAGCUAUCAUGGGCCUUUGGAUAAUUUCUUCACAUCUGAUCUGACCAAGAACUUGUGUUUUACUUAAUUCAGCUGUGAUUCAAAGCUGGGUAAUUUGGGAUUCUGCUGCUUUCAGACCAAAACACUGAAGAUUCAGCCAUGGGAGACCCAGAACCAAGUGGUCUGGACAAUCAAGAGAGGACACCUGAAAAUAGGAAGCGGUACAGUGAGAUAUUCCGGAGCCUGGAUGCCAUAGAAAUCUCAAUUGGAAAUGCGACAGUUGAUAUGUUCGUUGGUGAUGCUGACAGCACUGAUGACACAGACCUGACCACAGAAAAAGAGGUUGUUCCGCUGAGUGAAAGUUUCUGCAAGAGCAAAACCAGUUCAGAGAGACAAGUGCAGGCAGACAUAACAGUUCAGGAGGCAGACGAAAUGCUGAUAAAAUGUGAAGGUGGCAUUGAUGCAGCCCUCGAAUAUGCCAAAAUGUGGUGUAAAUAUGUCAAAGAGCUUCUCAGCUGGAUUGAAAAACGUCUGAGUUACGAGACAGAGUUUGCCAAAGGGAUGGUGAAGAUAGCAGAAUCAGGACGAAACGCCAUCUUCCAACAGUACCACAUGCCUCUUCGGGCGCUCUAUAUGAUGGUCCUGGAACAUGACAUAAAGGUUGGAAAUUCAGCUACUGAGACUGCAGGAUUGCUCCAACAGAAGGAAUUCUACCAGCCUCUGUCAGCUAAGAAGAAUGAAAUUGAGAAAUGGAGGAAAGAAUUCAAAGAUCAGUGGACAAAGGAACAAAAGAGAAUGAAUGAGUCCUUGUCAUCCCUGCGCAAGUCCCGCCUGCAAUACAUCCAGCGCUGCGAGGAGCUGGAGAAAGCAAAGCACUUGAGUGCCAAGGCAGAGGACGAAUACCAGAGCGCAGCUAUCACCAACCCCGGCAGCGCCAACAAGCAGCUGGAGAAGCGACGCCGUUCUUGCGAGGAGGCACAAGCCAAGGUUCAGGAAGCAGAAGCUUUGUACAAGAUGUGCAUCAGCGAUGCCAACUUUCGGCGACAAGAACUGGAGAAAGUGCGAGCACGGAUCGUCUCGCAUAUUCGGAAGCUCAUUUACCAAGGGGAUGAGGUGCUGACGUGGGUCACUUUAAGGAUGUUCAAGCAGCGGCAGACUCAGUCAGAACAGAUUCCAGUGGGAUACGAGUACCUGUCCGAGGUCUGCAAGCCAUACAAAGCAGGCGAGAAAUACCUGGAAUUCAUUCAGGCUCUGCAGAAGAAAGACAUUCAUAUGGAAGUGUUUGAAUUCGAGCCAUUCGCUUCCGGAGGGCAGAGGUCCCCUCCCAGCGGCAAAAAGAAGAUGGCAUUGCAUUACACAGGACCCUCUUCUGCAGCAAAGGACACAAGCAUGCCAGAAGAUACAUCCAGAAAACAGUUCUCCACAAACGGUGAACACAGUGCAAACAAAUCCCUCUGCAGCGACACAGAAAGCCUUGGUGGGAGUUGUGAAUCCCGGUCCCUGGACUCUCCCAAUUCUAGCCCAGGAAACUCUAAUAGGAAAUUGUUGAAAGCUCCAUCCACCAGCACCAUGUCCUCCUCAGAUGAUUUUGAAGAGAGAGAUUCCUUGCAAACUUUUGAAAAUGAAAAUGGUACAUCCCAGCAGCAGUUUAAGAACAUCCUCCUCUCCAGUGCAGCGCAGACCCACCGGCUCCGGAAGCUGCGGGGACCAUCCAAAUGCAGGGAGUGUGACACUUUCAUGGUCAGCGGCUUCGAGUGUGAGGAGUGCUGCCUAGCCUGCCACAAGAAGUGUCUCGAGAACCUGCUCAUCACCUGCGGCCACAAGAAGUUGCCCAACCGAGUACCUCUUUUUGGCAUUGACUUCACGCAGGUUCCUCGAGAUUUCCCAGAGGAAGUUCCCUUCAUAGUGGUGAAAUGCACCUCAGAAAUUGAAGCCCGUGCCCUUGGGGUGCAGGGGAUCUAUCGGAUAAGUGGAUCCAAAGCCCGGGUGGAAAAGUUGUGCCAGGCGUUCGAGAACGGACGGAGCCUGGUGGAGCUCUCCGAGCACUCCCCCCACGAUAUCACUGGGGUCCUGAAGCAUUUCCUGAAGGAACUCUCGGCACCGGUGCUGCUGUCCCACCUCUACAAUGAUCUUAUUGCACUUGCCAAAGAUUUGCAAAAACCUGGGGAGGAAAAGCUGGACUGUGCAGGCUUCCCUUCCGAUCCCAUCCAGAGCAUGAAGGACUUGCUGAGCAAAUUGCCUGGAAGCAACUACAACACUCUGCGACACCUCAUUGCACACUUGUACAGGGUGGCAGAGAAAUACGAAGAGAACAAGAUGUCCCCAAACAACCUGGGCAUAGUAUUUGGGCCAACUCUGAUCCGGCCAGGCUCAGGGAGCGAUGUCUCAAUGUCAUGCCUUGUUGACUCUGGGUAUCAAGCCCAGAUUGUGGAGUUUCUCAUUCAGAACUACGAAAGGGUGUUUGGGAUGGAUGACCUGCCUUCAUCCUUAUCCCUUGGAUGUGAAAAUCCUUCGCAAGAAGCAUCGACAGAAAAGGAUGAAGGACCUCAGAGCCCAAACACAGUCCAGACUAUAAACCUAGAGAAUUUCUCCUCCAAGCAUGGUUUAAAUGUGGACUGUGUGUCUGAUAACUCGUCUUCCAGGGAAGCCAUCAAUGAGCUGACUCUGGAGGGAGCCCACAGUCCAUUAAGCACGGAUGCCCUAGAGAUGAAUACAAGUAUUGGCUCGGAGCUGGAGGACCUGGAGGACUCUGUGCAGGAAAAGACAGACAGCGAUUUGGACAUGGUCCUAGGGACCCAGCCCAGAUGCCAUUUCAGCCGACAACCUGUAAAAUAUAUUCGAACACAGACAAAAAUGAAGCCAGUCAUUCCCAAGUCUUCCAAUUUGCCCUUGAGGACUACCACAUUAGCCAACAUGGCAAUGGAGCCUGGUGCAGAAGGGAACCCUACCACCGACAGCAGCUCCCCGACAAAGGACGUCCUGGAGGAGAGCACCAGGAGCAGGAACAGCUUGACUGACACAAGCACACUCAAGCAGCGCUUAGGAGGGAGACAGCAGCUCAAACAUUUUGAGAUCACGCAGGAAACAGCCAGGAUUGUCUCAAAGUUUAAAGUCAAUGACACUUCUGCAUCCCCUGAACCUUUUCUGGAGAGCACAGGAUCUACUGAGAAAGCAGAGGACCUCAACCUGACAUACCUAUAGGAAAAACCCCUAAGGGUAACAGAUAAUAGCAAUGGAAAGGGAGAGAGGACUGAAAUCCCACACCUGCUGAACGAAGGAAUAGCGAUAGUGAGAAUAACAUCCUAUUUGUAUUUACCAUGCAAGCUGGAGAAAAAGCACGUGCUGUGAACUUCCUGGCAGGCUUUCAGCUAACCCAGGAUUUGCUUUUUAUUCAUUAACAAACCCAUAAAAGUGAUAAGAAGCAAGCCCAAUGACUCACUCUCUGGAACAUGCCCUGUUUAGCAUGAAGGACAAUGCGAGAAGUAGAGGGAACACAGAUUGCCUGGCUAGAAAGAUGUCGCCAGGAAGGAGGCAACUGAAACAUAGGACAUUGGACAUAAAACAUUCCCAAAUGGUUAUUUUCUGGCAGCUGCAACAAGCACUGAUUUCUGUCAUUUUUAUUUCACAGCAUUUUUGAGCGUAACUCACUUUUUGAGUGUAAUAGAACAGGGUACACAGGCAAAGCUCAUGUACUCUAGAUCCUUCUGCUUCUGUUGCUGGAGCUUCAACUUGCUAAUCAGCACAAAGCCAUUCCGUAAAGGGAAAAAACACUGCUGUACUCUGAGCUGGAACCCAUUUCUCCAAAACAUUAAUUCUAUUUCCCUCAAAGCACAUUGAGCUUCUGCAAUACUUCCAUGUGAAGCUGCUGCUGUUGUGAAGGCGGCAAAACCCUGAACCCCCAGCAGAGAAGAAGAUUUCUUGGAUCUAAGACCAGGUUGCUCUGACUUGCUGGGUCUCCAUCUCACCUGCCCGUGGGUUGCCCCAAUGCUCCUUUCUGCCUCUCUGCAGCAGAUUUUCUGUCCACCAGAUUUUAACACGAGGACAGGGAGAACUCUGUCCUAUAGUGCCAUCUCGUGACGCAUGCACGGGGAAGACAGGCUUCCUAUACUGUUCACUCCCGGGGAUAAUAGCUUUACGUUAUAGGAUGAGCAGCGUUACAGAUUUCCUUGGUGUUUGGUUGUGUAUACAGCACGAAAGUCAGAUAACAACGUAAAAACUUCUGCACUAGGGCAAAUUUCAGUGAUUACCGUCAGCUGCAAAGACACUAGGAGAUGUAUAAAGGCAUCAGAGCUAAAUGCUAAAGGAAAAUAUUACACUUUCCCCAAAUAGCUCAAGACGUUAAGCAAACUACUUCACAAAUUUCUUUCAUCUCAUCAACAGACUACGUUCUGGUCCUGUUUCUUAACAAGGCUGUAAAAGAAAUGCUAAGGAUCUAUUCUUAGUAUUUGUACGGUUCAGGCUAAAGAGAGUUUGCAUCUCUGGAGUAAUGUAUAUUUGUUAAUAUAGUGCUUUGAAUUCUUGAAUACUAAAUUAUCUUUUACUGUAGAAGUUCUGUAAUAAAUUACUGUGUGUUUUA